GGAGAGAGAGAAACUAUGAUUGCCGAGUCUGAGACCUAGUUAAGUUUUUUAGGCCCAAUCCACUGGAUGGUAGCAUUCAUAACAAUACGAACGCGAGAGAUUUGAGAUAUCAGGUUCGGAGCUGGCUGGCGGCCCUGCACGGCCACUGGCGUCACAUGCAAUCCACUGACGUAAGGCUUGCCACGCGCACCUGGCCAGAUUAAAAGGGUAGUAACUACCCCCCUCCCCCUCCACCCCUCCGCUACGUCCUCCCUCGGCGCUGUUAUCUACCGCUGAGCGGCCAUGGGAAUUCCGCUGGCCGCUGCACAGAGCAGCAUGUAUUAACUCCACCCUUCUGGAUUGUUCGAGCGUCGGGUCGUCCCGAAAUGAUGCGACUCGCCACAGCCGCACUCGUCGGUUCGAGAUGAGCGUCCAGGUACUUAAAAAGCGACGCCUGCCUCCGCGAAAGUUUGGCGAUAAGAGUUUCAUGAAGGGUGCUGCGUGAGUUCCGCGCCAUGAGUGCCGUAUUCAGAGUGAGUACCGCGACAUUUUCGAGAGCAAAGGGAAGUGAAGAGAAGUGCGACAUCUGCGAAGAGGGUGAGAGACCCCCAUGAGAGAGGCGCGACGCGAUGUUCGACUGGAUCGUGGGAGUGCGGCGACUGAGUGACUCAAGACUGUGUGGACAGGCGCGAGGUGUGCGACCUGCUGGACUUCCACCGCCAGCUGGCCGGGGCGGGCCGGCGCCUCGUGGUGGUCAUGUUCGCGGCGGCCUGGUGCGGCGCGUGCCGCAAGCUGGCGCCCGGCCUGGAGGAGGUGACGCGGCGCUUCCCGGCCGCCGUCUUCCUCAAGUUCGCGAAGCAGACCUGGAGGUUUUGGGAACGGCUGCCCGAAGGUGGACGUGGACCAGUUAGACCAGCUGGCGGCGGAGUACGUCGUCAACGCAGUGCCCACAUUUGUGUUCGUCCGCUCGGGCAAGAUGGUCGACAGCUUCGCCGGCGCCAACGAGGAGAAGCUGGUCCAGGUGAUGGCGAGCCUGGGGUAGUCGUCGCGACGUACAUCCCGGCAGCGUUGCCAACACCCUCGCAAGUUCCCCGGCGCUUCAAGGAAACUUUACCUGUUCAGUUUCAAAAACCUCCAAAAUUAUGAGAAGCAAAAAAUAAAGUGUAGAAGUCACAUUUUGUGAACUCACUAAGAAGAAAAUUUACCAAGUUGUGUGCCUGUCUAAUUUUUGAGGAAAAAUUAUAGUGUUUGUCAUAUGGAAUUUAAUAAAUAUAUUAACUGAUGUG